AUGUCCUGUCCGACGGGGAGCGGGUUCGAGGCUUCGAGCGCCGUGGACGCCUUCCACGGCGUUCCGCACACGGACAUCGAUCUGCAAGAAAGUCCGGACCAGUUCCAGCCGGAUAAUCAACAGUACUGGGAGGCUGUCAUCAUAUGGGCAUGUGUCCCCAUCCUGAUAUGUGUAUGUAUCCUCAUCCUGAUGUCCAUCUACUUCAUCUGCGUGUGCUGCUGUUGCUGCUGCGGUGGGUCCAGGGAAUGGGGGAAGAAACCAAAAAUCGGGUGUGGUAUCCUAAACAUCUCCAUCAUCGCUAUCCUCCUAGGGCUAAUAGGUGCAAGUCUGUGGGCGGAACUAGAAAUAGACCAGAACGUUAAUGACGGCAUCGACACUUUACAGAAAGUGGACGAUUUCUUCAAUCAGUACGGAAACGACUCCAGCCUCUAUAACGAAGCGGAGCAAAACGCCAGUCUGGAUGCUCUAAGAUCCGCCCUCUCGGAGCAGACCCCAUCACCUACCACCCAGCUGACCGAGGUGGACGGACUGAAGACAGCCAACGCAGAGCUGGGAGACGUGUACGGAGAUAUCGAUUCCUUCGUGAAUCCGAUUCGCUUCGGGAAUAUUCUGACUGAAGCUGACAGGGCUGUGGAGGCAUUUAGGAACUACGUGGUGAUAGCGUACCUCUGCCUGGUUCUGCUGGUCCUGAUAUUACUGGUGGUCGCCAUUCUCUGCGGGAUCUGCGUCUCCAACCCCGCCUUCCUCAUCAUAAUGGUGGUGCUUCUGGUAAUACUGACGCUAACUCUGUGGGUGGCAGUUGGAGGAAAUCUGGCUCUCCUUAUAGUGGUGGGUGAUAUCUGCUACGAUCCAGACUUGCUCCUUAGAAACCUCACACAGGCCCAGUCUGAUGCAGUGGACCUGAAUGUUGUAAACUAUUACCUGGUCUGCAACGACACCUGCCAACCCAAUCCUUACCGUCAGGAAAUCAUGAGAGCAACAGCGGCAUUUGAGUUGAUAGACCUGCUAGAAAAUGACCUAAAGAACUAUACGUCGUCUAGUGCCAACAGUACCACUCUACAGCCACUGCUGGAUGAGGUGGUGAGAGGGUUCAAUGGAUCCAUGACUGGGGUUAACAAAAUCAGCUCCUGUGGCUUCAUCCACGAGAUCUAUCUGGACCUGCUGCAGACUCUAUGCAGCGAUGCCUAUACGAACUUUGUGGUCCUGUUUGGUCUUGUCUGUGGUCUGUGCAUCGGGAUGAUGGUCCUGGUUGUCACGGCAACGUUCCACACCGGCUUUUACUGCAACCGAUCAAAAGAUUACUAAACACACAGUGACUAUGACGAAGAAGCUGAAGCAUUUUCGUUUCCGUCUGAUCCAUCAUCUGGUGUGUGGCAGUCGUAUGGAACCAACACUAAUUACAGCUCCUACAAUAGAAACAGGGGCCAGUCGGGAGGUACCGAUCCUCCUCAGUACAACGAUCUGCAGAGACCAGUGAACGGUAACCAGUCAACUCCCUCCAACGAACUCCGAGAGAUUUCUCCAUCGCAACGACUUUCCUCCGAGCCACUUAGAGAAGCUUGACACUCUUAUUAAUGCACACCUGUCCCUUAUAUAUAUCUCAGAUUUUUUUUAAUGCACACUAUUUGCCAUUUUGCUUUUAUUUUUUAUAAUCAUGCAGCUUUUAUCGUAGGUAAAGAUAGUCCAUAUGCCUUGCAUCUAUAGUUCUCUGUAAACAAGUCUUCUGCACGUGACGUUUACUCCGUUUACUUUAUCUUGUAUGCAUUGUCUUUUUAAACAUUGUCGUUUUGUGUACACAGUAUAUAUAGUGCUUGAGCAGACGUUUACCACAACAGGGGUUUAGGAAUUCUUCAACACAUGACUAUUUGCGAUACAAAACAUGAUUGUGAAAAACAACGAUGUGUAAAGUGCAGUUGAUCGGUCAUACAUGUGUAUGUAUGUAUAUACAUCCGUUCAUCGACUAUUGCUGUCAUUGUAGGCUAGUGCGGUGACUGGCUUGGUGUGUCCGCGGUACUCUCUGACUGGAUCAGACUUCUCCGUGUGCCACAGUCGAGCCACGUGAUCACUCGACGCAGUAAAAAUGAACUGGGAAUCGCUGGAAAAGGCGCAGUCCCACACCCAUCGGUCUGGACUCUUCUUGAGUGUGUUCCUCAGGGAGAAGUCAGCCGUGGACCAGAUCUUGCACGUCCCGUCGGCUGACGUCGUGGCCAGCAGACUAAGAGGGGACCAGCAAUUAUGUCUACUAACUAUUGUUUCAGGUUAUGCAGUGAUCUGUACAAGUAUAAUAUCAAGCGGAUAAAUCCUUCCUCUGAAAUGAAGGGGAAAACAAGGACGUCACAUCAUAAUUAUAUAAAAAUCAAGGGAAACAUGUGGGGUGCCGAUAUAGAGACACAUCAAAACUCAUUUAUAACCCCAUCCCCACCAUCUUUGUAACUGCUAUGUAUCCAGUAUAUAUAGUAAACUGGAUAACAAAUACCUUCAGGCCAUAUUAUUGUUAAGUAAAAUUGUUGACUGACCUAGAGUCAGGGCUAAACUGGCACUUGAGGGCAUAGCGGGAGUGGGCGUUUUUCUUGACACGAGGGGUGAGUGUGAUGGGGCUGGUGCCUACACCGCUAGACAGACUCCACACGUAGCACGAACUUACCUUACUGCUGACGGCAGCCAGGUAGGCUCCAUCUGGGUCUAUGUCGAUCCCGAGAAUGGACACAUCUGGUUCAGGAAUGUGUUGUUCAUUGUGGUCGGUGGAUAGGUCCCAGAGGUAUAUGGUGCCGCUCUGAUCUGCCACCACCAGCGUGGCCUGGUUGGGGUGGAGACAGAUGCUGGUGACUGGAGUGUUCACCUGAAAUAGCCUCUGACACUGCUGAGAUGCCCCUCUGUGGGAGGGAGACAAUCAGGGCGUGUAAGACUGGCGUUAAUAUGGGGAGGAAACGCAGCCGGUCGAGGUGUGUUAGACAUACAAAUUAGUAUUUCAUGAAUCCAACAACAAACAAAAACAAGACGUGUAGAAUCGUCUAGAAUUUUCGGUUGAGUUGCGAGAUUGGGAUGGGGACAGAAAGAUAAGGCG